GUGUGUAAGUGUUACUGAAACUUCUAAAUAAUCCUAAAGUAGAUAUUAAUUUUUACAUCUGUAUGUUGGAGGUGUUUGAUAAUAAUGAUUAUUAUUAAUAUUUCAGGCAUCUCACUGAAGCUGUUCCUUCAGACUCAAGGUCAAAACAUCCAAAAAGCAAAGAUUUAUAGUGAAACCAGAGAAAUUCCAGAAUGUGGUAACCUUGAGGUUACUUGCAGCACGUUUGGUUAUACGACAAAGAGUGUUUAUUUAUAUCUGUCUCAAAACGGGAAAGCUAUAGAAAUGAAAAGACAACGCAAUCAAGAAGACAUAGUCUUCAAAAUACAGAAUAUAGAAAAGAACACAGGAAAUUACAGCUGUGUGUUCUCAGAAGAUCGUUUGAAAACAACCGAAGUGAUGGGAUAUGGUGAAAACCACGUCUUCAUAAAUUUGACCAACUCUAAGACUUUAAUUCCUGCUGAGAUACAUUUACUUGAGUCUGAAGUACCAGAGGGAAGUGACGCUGAGUUCACCUGUACACCAUCAAAGUCUUUAAACAGAACCCAGACCAGACAGCUGAUUUUGGCGAUUUUAAUCAAAAAUGGAACGAAUGUCUCUGUAGUCAAUAUUUUCGACCCAAAGGAGGAAAUGGCAACUUUUACACUGAAAAAGGUCAAGAAGGAUGACGCUGGAACAUACAGUUGUGUUGUGAUGUUGAACACACGCUUUCAACCGGAAAAGUUGGUCUAUGGAAAUAAUGAUGUCGACCUUCACAUAACAGGUAAAAAAUAGAAGAGGACAAACAAAACAAAAUUAGACACCAUAUUCUAAAAUGAAUCACAAGUAAAGCUUGACUUUAAAUAGUUCAUGUGUUUAGUCCACCUUGGUGGUCCAGAAAUGCAAUCUCUGGCUGUGCCUGGUGGACAUAAAAGAGGUUGACAAGAACCAGCUCCUGAAUGCUCCGGUUUCCCAGGCCAGCCUGUUGUGCGAGACCUUUGAGAACCUCGCGCAACAGUUCUUGGGUGCCCAAAAACAGCCUAGGGCCAUCGCUCAGAUCAUGCCGCAUCUGAAGAAGUUUUCACCGAUUCCGUUGAUACCGACACCUCAUUCUGCCUCUCGCAGAGGGCGCCCUGCUGUGACUGCCCCUCUGUUCCUACCCCACGGACCACUUUUCGGAAGAAGAGAGGAACCGGCCAUCAGCAGUCCUCCCCACCUGGUCAGCAGUUCUCCCCACCUGGUCAGCAGUCCUCCCCACCUGGUCAGCAGUCCUCCCUGCCCAGUCAGCCCCCUUCCCGAGGUGGAAAAUGAGGGUCCAAGUGGCCCUAAAACGGGCGACCUGGAGAUGGAGGGGAUCGUUCUUGAUCGUUCACCAUCGUCCAGAUGGUGAUGACACCAACCCCCACCGAAGGAGGGCCAGGUGGGGAAUCACGUUCCUCCUGCUCAGCCAGCACCCACAAAACCACAAAAGAAUGAAUUCCCCUUUCUUCUCCAGAGGAACCCGGGAGCUACAACCAGUCUGAAAAACCACCGUUCUCCCCUUCCUCUAUUGCCAGCGGGUGUGCUUAGUGGUUUGAUUUUACAGCCCUUACUUCAUAGUACCCAAGAAAAGUGGUUGGUUACAACUGAUCUUGAAUUUGCCCUCACUGAACCGUGCACUUCACAGAAUGCAUUUCAAGAUGUUGAUCCACAAAAGGAUUUUUCAAUGCAUCUGUCCCCAAGAAUGGUUUGCAGCCAUAGACGAUACCAAUGGGGUAAGCCAAAAAAUCUUGAAAAUUUUUCUUAAAC